AUGUCAGUCAGAUUUGGUAAAAGUUGUUUUGCUAUUUUUCCAUUUUCUUUCGCUGCAGUUUGUGCGAUACAAAUAUUAAUCAUAAUUGCCAUUUUAUUUAAAUUUCAUAUAAAAUGGAGUCUAGUGCUUUAGAUUACGUGGCUCAAGCAUGUAUGGAUUUGACUGAAGCUCUCAUGUCUGCUAGCAAUGAUGCUGAUAAAGAUACUCUCAUUCAAAAUCACAUCAAGAAAGUUUGGUCUACAGUUUCUCCCAUUGAAGAUUUUAAGAAAAAUUUAGAUUGGGUGAACGUGAUGGAGCCGGUGUCUCUAACUACACACUGUUCUGAGAAGAUUGUGGUGCUAGAUUUCUGGACAUACUGUUGCAUUAACUGUUACCAUGUUCUACCAGACCUAGCACACGUGGAACAGCUCCAUUCAGUUGAGAACGGACUUGUAGUGAUUGGUGUUCACUGUGGAAAAUUCAAGAAUGAAAAAGAGACAGGUAACAUCCUAGCUGCAGUACUGAAGUACAACAUACACCACCCAGUUGUGAAUGACCCUGAGAGCUUGAUGUGGGAUGCAUUGGGCAUCAAAUGUUGGCCUACACUUCUUAUAUUAGGUCCAUCUAACAAACCAAUUUUCGUGCUGACUGGUGAGGGUCACAGAGAAGAGUUGAAGCUGUACAUAGAUGCAGCAUUGCAGCACUUUGACUCCCGUAUCUCCAGCUUGCCUUUGCCCAUAGAACCCUUGAAAUUCUUGAGGGCGAAAGAUAAUGUUCUCCAUUUCCCCAGUAAGGUCGCUUUGAACCCCUUCUACCGCGGUCGAUGCGAUGAGCCCUUCUUGGCCAUAUCAGACAGUGGCAACAACAGGGUUCUUCUCACUGACUGCUCUGGUGUGAUUCUGAAGAUAAUUGGAGGAACAGAUCCAGGGUUUAAGGAUGGCAAGUUGCUAGACGCGAAGUUCAACUCUCCGCAAGGCAUCUGCUGGCUGUCCAGCAACGUGCUAGCGGUGUGCGAUACUAACAACCACAGCGUGCGGGCUAUACACCUUGAUGAAGGAACCGUGGAGGUUCUGGUGGGCACGGGACAUCAGGCUGCACAUGGCGAUAUGGGUGGCAAAUGCCUCGGUCUCCAGCCUCUCUGCUCGCCGUGGGACGUGCUGCUAUACACGACACCAGACCUGGACAUGUCGGUGCGUCCGCUGCUGCCGCCCCCGCCCCCCAUACCCCCUGUUCCUGGGCAAACCCCCGCUGAGAAGGAGAAAGAGGUCAAGGAGGAGACUAAAGAACCAGAGAAAAAAGAUGAGAAGCGUCGCGUGCUCCUAAUCGCGUGCGCCGGCUCGCACCAGAUUUGGGCUCUGUUCCUUGACACCACCAUCUGGUGGAAAUACAAGACGUUCACUGAGGGCACGUGCGUAUGUAUAGCCGGGUCUGGCGCAGAAGCAGCGCGGAAUAGCGCCUACCCUCACACGGCGUCGUUCGCGCAACCCUCGGGACUGGCACUGAAGACUGGUAAGACUGGUUUAAACCCAGAAGUGUUCGUCGCCGAUUCAGAGAGCUCGUCCAUCAGGAGGAUAAGCUUGUCCACCGGGCAAGUGUCCACCCUAUGCGGCGGUGAUCGAAACCCCAUGAAUCUCUUCGCAUUCGGCGACGUCGACGACAUCGGCGUGGAAGCGAAAUUCCAGCAUCCGCUCGGCAUCGCCUACUGUGAGUCCAACAGAACCCUAUACGUCGCGGACUCCUACAACCACAAGAUCAAAAAGGUCGAGGUCGGCCCGCAAAAGGUCACCUCCCUCAACCCUACAAAAAUCGAAACAGUUGACCCCGCCAAGUUCAACGAACCCUCCGGUCUCUCCGUCACCGCAGACGGCAAGUACAUAUACAUAGCUGACACCAACAAUCACAGCAUAAGAAUCCUGAACCUCGUCAAAAACGUCUGCCAAGACUUCAAAGUUCGGAUGCCCGACUACAAGUUCGUCGAGCCGGAGAAUUUGAUUCUGUACAAGAACGAUCUAUUCGUGAACAGGAAGUGCGGCCAUCUGAUAAUCUACUUCAAUGUUAGCCUAGACUCGGAUAUACGGAACGUGAAGUUCACGCCGGGCGCGCCACAAGAUUGGCGCGUGUGCGUGAGAGACGAAAACGAUAAGGACGUGACGUUGGACGACUUUGAAUUCGUCGGAUGCUCGCACAAAGGCACAAUUCUACCCGGCCGCGUCGAAAUGAAAAUAAAGCAGAAAACUGACAAAACGCACUACCGAUUGUACCUAAGCUUCCACACGUCGCUCUGCGAUAACUCCGUCUGCUUCGCCCAUUCAUUCACAAUUCGCUCCACAAUACUCAUCAGAGACUCGGUCAAGAUGGUCGAAUCUUACAAGAUCACGUGCAAGGUCAACCCGGUUAACCGGCCAGAGAAAAACUGACGUUUAGCUAAACCCAAACCGGCACCGAAUAAGUAAAUGCUUACGCGCACGCAACUCGUGGUGCCAAAUCGUAAGCGAAAGAGUUUACUUAUUUACUUUAGUAUACCAAAUUAUUGUUAAACUUGAAGGCUUUAUCUUAGCAAUUUAAAAUAUACCAAGUAGG